GUGAAUUUAGCAGCUUCACCUCACUCAGUCAUGAGCCUUGAAUUUUCAUGACAGCAAAGACGCCAUCUCAGAGUCUGGAGACACACGAACUGGCCAUGAACAUUGAAAGACGGUCGCCGAGGCCGUUUUCCUUUCGCCCCCCACUGGCACCAUGAUUCGCCGCGCGGCCGCCGCUGUCGCUGGUGCCCGCGUCAGGCAACCUCGGAGGCCGCGAGCGCUGCCGCUUGAGCCGUUGAUACACCCCAAGGAACCAGACGGUCCGCUGCCGGGGCCUCCCCCAGAGCGCCGCCCGCAGGAGCUGGAGAACCCGCUGCAGACGAAGACGCUGCCCGAAAACUACCAGACCGCACUCCAACUGCUCUCGCUCAUCCCCACCAACCAGGCCGUCCGUUCCCAGUUUGGCGCCGAGGCCGAGGCCGAGGCCGAGGCCGGCGGCGGCGGAGAGGGCGAGCGGCGACGGCUCAACAGCGGCUCGGUCGAGGAGAUGCGCGAGCUUCUCAAGCGUGCCGGACUGACGCGCCAGGGGGCCAGCCCUCGGCUCCGCUGCAUCCACAUUGCCGGCUCCAAGGGCAAAGGCACUGUGGCCGCCAUGACCACGGCCCUCUUGCUCAGGGGCGGCCCCUACGAGGGCGUCGGGGACCCGGGCCCCGUUGGCACCUACACGAGCCCGCACGUGGCCUCGGUCCGCGAGCGCAUCAUGCUCGACGGCGAGCCCGUGUCCGAGGAGCUCUUCGCCCGCCGCUUCUUUGAGCUUUGGCGGCAGCUGCGCCAGACGGAGCCCGACCAGUUUCUCCGCUACGACUUGGGCGCGGAGAGGGGCAUCCGGGCGAGCGGGCGCUGGCCGCUCGUCGAGCACACUGAGAUCGUUGCCGCCGGGCGCAUGCCCUUCUUCUUCCGCUUCAUGACCCUGCUCGCCUUCCGCGUAUUCCGAGGCGCCAACGUGCGCACUGCCGUCGUCGAGUGCGGCAUCGGCGGCGAGUACGACUCGACCAACUUCCUUGGUAGCGAGCACGUCACCGUCGCCGUUGUGACCUCGAUCGAAGUCGAACAUGCCGAAAUGCUGGGCGACACGCGCGGCUCCAUCGCCUGGCACAAAGCAGGCAUCUUCAAGCCGGGCGUCGCUGCCGUUGUCGUCCGGCCGCACCUGUCUUACGGCGCCUUCGAGUUCAUGUGGUGGAUGAACCACAGCGACUCGCCCGACGCGCAGGGCGCCCCCAGACUGCCAGCGCUCCGCCCCGACGACGAGGCGCUCUUGAAGAAGAGGCUGGAGCUGGGGCUGCCGAUACGCAACGACCCCGCCGAUGCGAGCGGCGCCAAUGCCGUCAUGGCCGUGUUCUGGGCUCGCGCUCUACGCAACAGGGUCGAGAUGAUGAUAGACGUGCCCGAGAACGUUGGAGAAUGUGUCCCCUCUGUCCGCGCGCAGCAGUUGCUCGGCCAGGCUAUCCUGCGACGACCCUAUGCCAUGCUAAACAUGUCGUUGGCCGUCAGCGCCGUCAAGCAGCACAUCCGUAAGCUGAGGGAGGAGGAGGCACUGGGCCACAGGCCUAGAGUCAGGGCCAUCAAGCCCCACGAGGCACCCGUCGACCUGGCCAAUCGCUUUUCUAUGUUUCCUCGCAAGUCUACCGGCCGCUGGGAAGAGAUUGUAGGGCCAGAACACAUGAAGGCCAUGCGUGGGGUCGCGCCCCGUGGCCGCGGCGAGGUCGUUCCCAUCGAGAUCCCCGACGAGAUACACGCCCGGCCGUUCACGCCGCCGGUAAUGAGGAAGGUCUACUACUACCUGGAUGGGGCACACACCCACGACAGCCUCACGGCCACCGCCCACUGGUUCGUGGCGUGCGUGCAAGAAGCGAUGGCGUCCGACGCGAGCCGAGGGGCCCCGCUCCCGGCCGUCGUCGUCAUGUUCAACCAGCAGGAACGCAGCCACGCGCUGGAGCUGCUGGAGGCGGUCCUCACUCAGCUGCGCCUGGCGGGCAUGCGCUGCGACCUCGUCGUGCUCACGCGGAACGAGCCCUACGGCGAACUGGACACGGAGAAGGACCUGACGGUACAGAUGCGCAUGGGGCAAGUGGCGAACGGCGCCGGCCACAGGACUGCCGUCUUUGAAAACGUCGGCGCGGCCAAGGCGGAGUGCGAGAGGCUCGGCGCUGCGCCCCAGGAGCCUCCAGAUUCCAAGUCUCGAUCCGUCCACGUCCUGGUCACGGGCAGCUUCAACCUUGUCAAGGGCUUCUUGGUGCUACACGAGGGAGGGAACGACGUGCAACAGCGCAGGGCCUGGAAGUCGCAAGUGUAAAUGUAUACGGGGUGUUUGCGGGAAGGGCGCAUCGACGGAGGCAACAGCGAGGCGUAUGGAUCAAGUCUAUAAACACGACUUUACUUGGGUAUCAUCUGGAUUUCUAUGAUUUGUCUCACUUCUUGGACUCUGAAUUAUACCCAUCAAAGGGUUUCCGCCUUCUCCAAUAUCCCAAGGACUCCUCCUACCAAAUGGACACUGCCC